AUGGUUCUCGCCGAUCUCGGCAGGAAACUCAACGCCGCCCUUUCUUCACUGAACAGGGCACCCGUAGUCGACGACAAGGUUCUCGACGCGCUCUUGAAAGAAGUCUGCGCUGCAUUGCUCGAAUCCGACGUCAAUGUCAAACUAGUAUCUCAACUGCGACAGAAAGUCAGGACAAAGGUCAAAGCGACAUUUGAGAGUGCGGGGGACAAGACGAAGGAAACGAAUAGGAAGAAUGUUAUACAGAAGGCCGUCUUCGAUGAGCUGGUAGCGCUCGUAGAUCCAGGCGUCGAACCUUACAAGCCGAAGAAGGGCCAAGCGAACGUUAUCAUGGCCGUAGGGUUACAGGGGAACGGCAAAACCACGACAUGUACGAAGCUCGCAGUGCACUACCAGAAACGUGGCUUCAAAUCUUGUAUUGUCUGCGCCGAUACGUUCCGUGCCGGUGCCUUCGAUCAAACACGGCAAUCGGCGACGAAGGCGAAGGUCGCUUACUUUGGUUCUUACACGGAGACGGAUCCCGUCGCCAUUGCGGGGCAGGGUGUUGCAAAGUUCAAGAAGGAGAAGUUCGAGGUUAUUAUCGUCGAUACCUCCGGUCGACACAAACAGGAGGGGGAGCUAUUCGAGGAGAUGGUACAGAUCGGCCAUGCGGUAAAGCCAGACAUGACCGUUCUCAUCCUUGACGCUAGCAUCGGUCAGGCUGCCGAGGCCCAGAGUCGCGCGUUCAAAGAAAGCGCCGACUUUGGCGCCAUCAUCGUCACUAAGAUGGAUGGGCAUGCGAAGGGCGGAGGUGCCAUCUCCGCUGUUGCCACUACGCAGACGCCAAUCAUCUUCCUGGGUACGGGAGAGCAUCUCACUGACCUCGAUCGCUUCGCGCCACAGCCAUUCAUCUCUAAGCUGCUCGGGAUGGGUGACGUUCAGGGUCUCAUGGAACAUAUGCAGGAUCUGGCGACGCAGAAUCCAGACCGACAGAAGGAGAUGGCUAAGAAGCUCGAGGAAGGCAAGCUCAGCAUCCGGGACUGGCGAGAACAGAUCCAAAACGUCAUGAACCUCGGCCCACUAUCUAAGAUCGCCUCUAUGAUUCCCGGUCUUCCGCAGGAUAUGCUCGCGGGGUCUGACGAGGAAGGUGCUGUCCGCAUGAAGCGCAUGAUCUACAUUACGGACAGCAUGACUUCCGCCGAACUCGACUCGGACGGCUCGUUGUUCAUGGACUAUGGGAAGGACGGCAAGCCGACGGCGCUUACUUGGCGAGUAACACGCGUUGCUCGUGGAAGUGGGACGAGCGUGCGCGAGGUGGAGGAGCUGUUGUGCCAGUACACCAUGAUGGCGAAUAUGGCCAAGCAGGCGGGCGGCAAAAACGGUUGGUUGCAAACCAUGCAGAAGAUGCAGUCCGCUGCGGGUCGUGGUCGCGGGGCAAACGGAAUGCCCACACCGGCGCAAAUCCAGCAGAUGCAACGCGCGAUGCCUCCUGGAAUGCUUGCCCAAAUGCAACGCCAAAUGCAGUCUGGUGGUGGUAUUGGAGACAUGAUGAAGUCGUUCAUGCAAAGCCAAGGUGCAGACGCUGGCGACAUGGAGGAGAUGCAACGAAUGAUGGCACAGAUGGGUGGCGCGGGCGGAAUGCCCGGCAUGCCUGGUAUGCCCGGUCUGGGCCGCGGUAGGGGCGGUAUGCCUAACAUGGCCGACAUGAUGAAGAUGUUCGGUGGGAUGGGCGGUGCAUGA